AUGGCAGUGCGAGAAUGUGUGUUGGUGUUGAUGCUGGUAUGGGCGGCGGGGAAUGCGGCGGAGGAGGGGGAUGCAGGGCUGUGUGGUCUCAAUGGGUGUCAGGCGAUCGACUUGGCGCGGCGCUACACCGACCUGACGAUGGCUAAGAUGAUGCACACUAUUAAACCAGAAGCCAUGGAGGAGGUAUUUGAGAGCAUGUCCAAGCUAGAAGCGUUGAUCCGGCAAGUGGAGGACCUCAAGAGGGACACCAGCAGCCUUCUACAACCAGUAUGGCCGAUCAACAGUGGGCCUGAGCGGUGGUCCAUGUGUGCUGAGGGCCCCUGCUCCUGCACCAUGGAAACCAGAUUCGUGUCCUGCUGGCGCCUAGAGCUCCUCGAUCACGUGCCGCGCAAACAGCAGAUCCCCAUCGACACCCGAAGUCUAGACUUGGGAAUGAAUCGCCUCAAAUUUCUGCACAAGAAUUCUUUCACCAAACUGACUGAGCUGGUGGAGCUGGACCUGAACGAGAACCAGCUAGAGUUGCUGCCAAGUAGUCUUUUCUACGACCUGGAGAACCUGAGGCACAUCAAGCUGCACAAGAACCGUUUACUGUACCUCAGUCCAGAAAUUUUCCAAGACGCCCGUUCACUCCGGACCAUCGACUUUUCCUUUAACAUGCUGGAAGGCCUCCCUGCGCAGGCCUUCCGGAAGCUGCAUCACCUCUACAACCUCAACUUAGAGAGCAACGCCAUCACCGCCCUCGACGAGAUGAUAUUUUACGAUCUCACUAACCUCGAGGACCUCAACCUGUCCAACAACCAGAUCAAGGAGCUCCCACAACUGGCGUUCUACAGGCUGAGUAAACUGAAAACCCUCAAGAUAUCGCACAAUGUCCUCUCGCGGCUGCCAUACGGACUGUUCAACGGCCUCGUCAUCCUCCAGGAGAUGUAUCUUGAUAACAACUACAUCGAGUCCAUCCCGACAGACACCUUCCGCGACCUCAUUCACCUGACGUUCCUCGAUAUGACUGCUAAUCGUAUCCUCAGAAUUUCCUACAAGGACUUCAUCAACAUGGCCAACCUUCGCUCGCUCUUCCUCGGUCGCAACCUCAUCACAGAAAUAAACAACAGGACCUUUGUGGGCACACCGCGGCUGGAGAAGCUCUACCUCUUCUCCAACAAGAUUGAGAAGAUUGAAUUAGCAGCCUUCUCGGGUCUCAACAAUCUCUCUUGGCUCUUGCUGAAUAACAACUUACUCAAACUGCUGCCUAACGCCAUCUUCCGCCGCACCCCGAGUCUCCUGCGCCUGCAGAUCGACAGCAACAAAUUCAUGCACCUUCCCGAGGGCUUGCUGGACGAUCUGAAACAGGUGGAACAGGUGAAGCUCUCCAUGAAUCCCUGGCACUGCGACUGCUUCAUCCUCUAUCUUACCAGGUGGCUCCACAGUAACCCGGACAAGAUAUGGGACCGUCAACCUAAAUGUCGCGGCCCUGGCGACCUUGGAGGCAAACCUGUGAUCGACAUGACCUUCAACAGCGUGUGUGAUGGGCAGUGGGCCUCCAUGACCAAGAUCCAAGGCAGGGUGUGAGGACUAGGGAGGUGGUGUAGCAGGUGGUGGUGGUGUGACACCACAUGGUGUGGUGAGCACUGUGGCAGGGUGUGAAUGACUGAAUUAUGGAGGUAUUGUGGCAUUAUAUGAAGAUAUGGUAAAAAGCAGAACAGCGAUCAGAAAUGGGGUGUGGAUAGAAGUGUGACACUGAGAUGGCUGUGCGCGAGCCUGAGAAAGCAAGCCAAGUGUAAAAGAAUAGGGCGGCGGAAAGUGGUUGUGUGGGUGUCAAUUGCUCAAGGAAGAGGCAAUGCGUUACAAGAUCAAGACGCAAGGUGGCUGAAGCUUCAGAGUGAGGCGUGGUGUGAAGGAUAAUAAAGAUAUAAAAAGGAAAAGACUGUGUGGCGUUUGAUGUGAAAUACAGAAUAAAAUUGUCAAGUUAAUACGAGAGAGAGAGAGAGAGAGAGAGAGAGAGAGAGAGAGAGAGAGAGAGAGAGAGAGAGAGAGAGAGAGAGAGAGAGAGAGAGAGAGAAACUCACAAAAUAAA